AUGUCAUCCAAGUUUGCGCCGUCUAAAGGUGAUUGGGUAUGCAGCGAUUCGCGGUAAGACACUCCAUAAAAGAAGUGCUUACUCCUUAGCUGUGGCAAUUUAAACUUCGCGAGACGUGAUAAAUGUAAUAAAUGUGGAAAGGGGAGGAAGAAUUGGAAUGACCGCGAGCAACGUGAGAUAGGAAAAGAUCUGGCGGAGAAAAGCAAGGGUUUGUUUAGCCCCGACGAUUGGCAAUGUAAAGGGUAAAUUUUAUAAUUCACAGUCCCUGCUUGCAUUCGUGCCCCCCUCCUAAGCAUAAUUUUAUCUAUGCAUAAAUUGCCUGCCUUGAAAUUUCAACAGAAAAGUCGCUCAGACCACAAUAGACUCAUCUUACGACUCAGAGAAGAGGGGACCUCGAUUAAAUUGCAAGAGUAGCAGACAUGGCUAUGAGUGCUCGAAUGUAGAGCAUCGUGCACGGAUUCGCGAUGCCAGCGGUCCGAGCAAGUCCCGCAGCAACCACUAUCCAGAUGUGUGAGUUCCCUGUUUCCAACAGUCUGCCCUAAUUAGGGUUCUUGCGCAUAACCGAUAAAAGUGUGAAUCUCCUACACAUAAAUGGUCUGCCUUUCAACCUCAGCAGAGGACUCGCUGUGUGACUCGGUGACCGAAUAAUUCGCGGGUUUUGACAGCCCAUGGUACGAGCCAACACGGUCCGCCGUUUGGGUCGGUCAUUAAGUAACCCCUUCAUGACAGUCGGUUCGUCCUCUACCCAAGGGUGCAGGUUUGUGAUUGCUUUCAGCAGUCAAGUCUAGUCAAAAAGUAUACUGUUGUCACGAUUAUCCGCUGUGUAUGAGCCUUGAAGAGGUUGCCGAGACAGCAACAAGGGUUGAAAUGAACCCAUUAUGGCUUAUCGACCGUUGUUAUCCAACUUUAUAUCGUCGUGGGUUGGAUGAACCCGAGACUUAUAAGCCGAUGAGAGAUGUCUGAUUCCGGAACCACGAGACAAAACAGACCGUUCACUGUCGCUGGUCUCCCAUGGUAUCUUUUUCUCAUCAACAGUGCUGCAUUACGUCCUGUGAUUCGGACUCUGGUUUUGGCUUACUUUACGUGCUUUUGUCUACCUUUCAUCGGUUAUUUACAUUGUUGAUACUCCAUAUAGCUGUGGAAACAUAAACUGGGCUCGCCGAUCAACUUGUAACGUCUGCAACUGUCCCAAAGUUAAUACUCAAGGCCAGCGCACCGGCUAUGGUGGAGGUUAUAUGGAACGCGACGAAGUUGUUGAAUAUAGGCGUCGUGACGAUUCUGACGACGAGUAUGACGAGGUAUGUUGUAUGCCACCCAUUGCCUAUUUCAACGGUUUUAUCCACUUAAUAUUCGGACUAGUAGUAAUAAAAUGGCUUUGCCCUCAACGCUUUUAGAAAUAUUUAAUCCACCAUGAGUUACCUACCAAGCUUUACCUGUGUGUCCUACCUAGGUUCUCUGGGCUUUUAGGGUUCGACUGAUGCCAUAAGCGCUGAGCCGUUGCCACAUCACAGUUUUUGCAAUUUUCUGCUUUUCGUAUCUGCGUUAUGUUAAUAUUCAGAAACUGUUGUCAAAGUUAGCCAUGAAAUUUUGGGUCACCGCUGUAUUUUUGAGUAUUUGGUCCCAACCUUAUACGCUGAAACUAUUGACCCGACUUUAAUAUUAAUUCCUAAAUUGUCCCUAAUCGUACUACAGUUCAGGCAGAUUUUCUGAGGUUAUUAGCCACUCCUGUUUCACCACUGUGAGUCUCAAACCAUCUAAGAAAACUUUUCAGUAUGCCCAAACCAACGGUGCAGUAUUUAUGAUUCCCCUAAACUACUAGAAAAACUUGAAGAUCAAUUGCAUUAUGUACAUCCAUUCGGGAUCUGGUUAGCUUUGGUUCCGGUCCGGGUCUUGUUGCAGUUAUAAGGUAAUGCCUGUUGGUUUGUUCCUUACCCUCACAGGCCUGGUAACCCAGACAUUUUUGUCUUUCCCUUCGUUUUAGUUCGGAUUGAAAAAGAAGAAGUAUCGAAAACUCCAAAACGUAAGUACAUACUAUUGCAGUUUCGAUCUCUGGUGUAACCUAGAAAAUACUUGGCACUGAUCUGAUGAAUUGGUUGCGCAUAAGGUCCCAGACCAAAACGGUAUCACGACAUGGGUGAUUUUGCACGCUGUCAAAUGCGGUUCCCGUCAUUGCGACCGUUGUAUUGACGAUGGAGGCCCAACGCUUUGGGCUUACGAACGGAGACUUUAGUCUGCCUCGUGUUCCCGUGAAUCUUUAUAAUCCCACACGGCCUAUGCUCCGCAGUCUGGAGCUGGUUAAACGCACCAUGUCCAAAUAAAGCUUGCACAAACUCAGUACUCGCCAGACUCUCGUGGUUAGCCACCGUAUAAAAGCUCUCCUCCUGUCGUCAUGUGGCGCGACCAUGAUGAAAAUGGGAUGGGUGACUAGGUCGAUGCUGCCGCACUCCCGGCGUCGGCGUUGCCCUGUUUGCAAUGCAUAAACAGCGAUUGGCCGAUCAUAUGAUGUGCUUAUAGUGAUUAGGUAAGGUUUUAAGACUCUGGGGAGUCACGUCUGCUUUGGAGUGUACUGAGCAAAGAUAACCAUAAGUAGGGAUCCAAAGAAUGAUCGGUUAAAAAGGAUGACAGGUCUUACUACUAAACUGUACGAUCCUUCGCCGUUCUCAGUCAUAGCCUCUCCUUGGUUGGUGAGUUUUUACUGUCUCAGUCUGUAGUUCAGUCGUCGAGCUUAUACCCGACUACUUCUACAACAUCCCUUCUCAUCCCAACUGCGUAAACGGAUCGGUGGACUUAGAUUCUUCAUUACCUGUGUCACUGCGCGAAACGGCGGGUUCCAGUCACGUCUACAGGGCAUGUCACCUCUCCCAUCAUUAGUAAUUUUCUUCUCCACUCAUAUGGUGGUCAGUGUAUCUUAAGGACUCAAAAAGCCUUCCAUGGACCCUAAUAGAGCUUGCAGGGUUGUCGUCCAUAAACCCCAUGCGUCUGCUCCCGAUGUUUAGAUGAACACCACAGUCCAUAUUUUACCCUUGAGAACUAACUUUCGAGAUUGUUCUCGCCCGAGUAAUUUUUUAGACGAAUGCCCGCUAGAGCUUUCCAAGUAUUUUGUGCUAGUCCGCGAAAGUGUAUUUCUGUAGUGUACACAUGCUCACAGGUUCGUUCCUCAGCGUCCCUACUUGAAUUGUCGUCAUAAAUUUACCCUUUCUAGCACGAGGAUGAGGAGACGAGCACAGUAACAAAGACAUCUGACCAGAAAUCACCACGACCAUCACGCUCUCCGGAGGAGGCGUCCAAAGAUGUUGGUGAUGGUGAUCAGGGAGAUGAGGAAGAGGAAGAAGAAUCCGGUGACGAGAAUGACCUUGCCAAGUACGAUAUUUGGGGCGAAGACAGCCAGGAUGCCGACGAGGAGAAGGGCGCCAGCGACAAGAAAGCUGAUGCCGAGUCCAGCUCAUCCUCCUCCGGAUCAUCUUCUGAGGAUGAAGGUGACGACAAGAAAUCGAAGAAUGGCAAUUCUUCGUCCUCAUCCUCCUCCUCGUCAGACUCCUCAGACUCAUCCUCAUCGUCCUCAGCUUCCUCCCCUUCGUCUCCGGAAACGGAGACAAAGGUUUGA